AUGAGUAGCCCACGCCGCAGAAUCGAGACUGAUGUUAUGAAGCUCAUGAGCGACUACGAAGUCACUCUUAAGCUUCCUGACCAUACUCUCAGGCAAGAAUUCUUUGUCAGGUUCAAGGGACCCGCCGAGACUCCUUUUGAAGGUGGAACAUGGAAGGUUCAUGUCGAGCUUCCUGAUACAUACCCAUACAAGUCACCCAGCAUUGGCUUUGUUAACCGUAUCUUCCACCCUAACAUUGACGAGCUGUCCGGCUCGGUCUGUCUAGAUGUUAUUAAUCAGACUUGGUCGCCUAUGUUUGACAUGAUCAACAUCUUCGAGGUGUUCCUCCCUCAACUUCUACGAUAUCCUAACCCGACCGACCCUCUCAACGGCGAGGCAGCUGCCCUAUUGAUCAGAGAACCAAAAAGUUACGACGUUAAGGUCAAAGAAUACGUACAGAAGUACGCCUCCAAGGAAGCAGCAGACGAAGCCGGAGCCGAAAGCGAGGACGACGAGGAGCUGUCUUCAGUUGCCAGUUUCGACGACGACGAUGAUGAACCCGCGGGCCAGAUGGACGAUGUAUAA